AUCGUCGAUCGAUAUUGGCCGGGAACACGUAUAGCCGCCGCGCGCGUUCUCGUCCGCCAUGGCUCACAACGCGGCCGCCGCAGUUGAUCACGGCGAAGGCAUCCGGACGUCGUCGAGGUGCGUCGUGGAUGGCGCGACACACGAUUUCGUGGUGAUCAACUACCCGCUGCUGGAUGGCAUGUGCAUCCGAAACCGCGUAACCUCCAGCGCGUUCAGGGUCGGCGGCUACGAUUGGAGCAUCAUGUUCUACCCGGACGGAGCGGAAGUAGCCGGCUACGCGUCAGUCUACUUGUGUUGUCUCAGCCAGGCCAAGGACGGGGUGGGGACAAGCUUCACCUUAACCAUGCUGGACGAUCAAGGCAACGUACAUGCAACCAGGCAGAUACCUGGAUUCAUCUUCGGUGAGAAGGAAACCUGGGGCUUUUCCGACUUUGUCGAGAAAUCGAAGCUGAGAUCGUCAUGUAUCCUAACGAUAAGGUGUGUGCUCGCUGUGGUCAAAGAACCACCCUCGGAGUGCAAGGGCAAUCUUAUCGUGGACCCUCCGCCGGAGCUGCCCGGCCGCCUCCACCGCGCCCUCAAGAACGGGAGAGGCACCGACAUCAGGGUCCUCGUGGGGGGCAGGGAGUUCAGAGCGCACAAGUUCAUGCUGGCCGCGCAGUCGCCGGUCUUCGAAGCUCAGCUCUUUGGCCCGAUGGCGCAGAAGGACAUGCGGCGGAUCAUGGUUGUCGACAUGGAGCCGGCCAUCUUCGAGAUGCUUCUUCACUACGUCUACACGGAUUCACUGCCGCCGUGUGGCAAAGACAAUUACGAUACAGCCAGGAUGCAGCAUUUGCUAGUCGCCGCGGACCGGUACGGGCUGGAGAGGUUGAAGGUGAUGUGCGAAAAGAGGCUGUGGGAAAACAUCAACGCGAGCACAGUCAUGAGCACAUUGGCACUAGCAACUCACCACUACUGUGACCAGCUCAAGGAAGCAUGCUUAAAGUUUAUGUCAUCGUCGCAGGAAGUCAUGGAUGCAGUCGUGGUAACCGACGGAUUCCAACACCUCAUGGCAACUUGUCCCAUGCUAGUUUUGAAGCACACCGGGGAAAAAGUAACCAUCAAGAGGAAGUAAUAAUCCAAGCAAGAAGUGGAGAUUCUAAAAUUUCUUAUAUAUAAAUCCUAUAUUGUUUGAAGUUGGUAGAGUACUAGAGUUUUCCUUUAAAGUCAACAUAUGUAAAUUUCUGCACUAAUCUAGUUGUUAAAAUAUAUACUCUUAGCCUGAACUAGCAUAGUAGCAAGCGAAAAUGCACUUGCAACG